GCUGUCGGGACGGCUGCUGUCCGCUCAGAGAGCAGCGGAGCCCGGCGACUGACAGCAGCAGCGGGACGGACGGGACGGCCACAGCGAGCACUGCCUGCAGCGGAGCGGCGGAGGCUCCGGUCCUCCCGGCGGGACUUCCACCGGCUCCUCGUCCGCUGCGGCUCGACCCGCUCCGGCCGCAGCGCCCGAGCUGUCCGGACGGGGAACGGAGUUCCGUGAAAGUGCCAGAAGUACCGGCGGGCCCGGUCCGGCAGCGGCGGCAUGAAGAAGAACUGCUCGGGGAAGCGGGGUGCCAUGGACGCGGCGCCUCAGAUCGUCACCCCUGAUAAGGUGGGCUGGAUCAGGAAGUUCUGUGGGAAGGGGAUCUUCAGGGAGAUCUGGAAGAACCGGUUUGUGGUUCUGAGAGGAGACCAGCUAUUUGUCUGCCAGAAGGAGGUGAAGGAGCUGGGUCGGGCCGAUGAGGUCUUGGACCUGUCGGACUACGAGCGCUGUGAGGAGAUAAGGAAGAACAAGAGUCGCAGCAAAAAGAACCACAGCAAGUUCAGACUGCAGCGCUGCAGCUCACCUGGAAACAUGGUUCCUAACUUGGUGUUCCUGGCUGUCAGUCCGGAGGAGAAAGAGUCGUGGAUCAACGCGCUGAAUGCCGCCAUCACCAGAGCCAAGAACCGGAUCCUGGACGAGGUGACUGUGGACGAUCUGCAGCUGAGUCACCUGACCAGAGACCGCGUGAAGAUCCCCCACAACCGCCGGCUGCCCACCCGAGGACACCUGCUGGCCGUGGCCUCCGCCUCCUCCUCUGAUGGGAUGCUGACUCUGGAUCUGAUCCAGGAGGACGGUUGUGAUCCCUUCAGGGUUGAUUUGGACAAAUCGGCACUGGCUCUCAGUCCUGACUGUCCACGGUCAAAAACGGAAGGCGCCCUCUCAGCAGAGUCCGCCAAGGCUUCUGGGAAGUCUCAGAGCCUCCCGCGUCAGGUGGCGGUGGCCCGGACUCCCGAGUCGGGGAAGCGGCUGACCGUGGCUGAGAAGAACCGCUGUGCCUCUGUGGACCAGAUCCUGAUGAACUCUGAAGCCAAGCCCAGCGCGGCGCCGCUCGGCCGCCUGCAGGAACUCAUCGAGCGGAAGCUGCAGGAGACGGAGCUCCUGCUGACGGAGGCACGGGUAGAGGGUGAGCGGACGAGGCCGCCUGAGGGAGUCGAAGCCGAGAGACUGCUAAAGGAGGCAGCGGCGGCCUGGAAGCACGCCCAGGAGGUACUGGAGGAGGUGAAAGAGCUUCGGGCUCUGUACCGCCAGCUGGACCACACCUCCUCCGCCAGCCCGUCAAACAGCACCAGACUCAACCCGGAGCCCCGAGUCUGAUGUGAGCGGCAGGGAGGUCCGGACGGAGCAGGAGGUACAAACACAGUGAAGGAAUCCAACGUGCAGGACGUGAGGUGCCGAGGAGGACCUCGGACAUACUGCUGGUCUUCACAGUGACCCGAGGAGACUUUUCUGGAACUCAGCCCUCGUCAUGUCUUCUACUGAUUGGUCAGGUUUACAUGUGACUGUAGCAUUAAGCUCCACUGAAUGGGGGGCGUUUGGGAUCCACUGGCAACGGGAGCAGCGGCCUGAGUGUUCAGGACGUCCGAGGCAAUGGGAGCCUGCAGGUUUUAGUCAUCUCAGAAUGAAAGGAUGGAUGGAUGGAUGGAUGGAUGGAUGGAUGGAUGGAUGGGAAGUGCUAUGUCCACGUUCCUGUGGUAGGAUGGGUAGUUUGCUUCCCGCAUGUCCAGCGGCUUGCAGCUGCUUUUGCCUUAAAGCAGAGAGGAUGGUGGGAGCUGUAGUUCUGUAGUGAUCAGGUCAGUUAGGAAGAAAUAAACACUGACUGAAACAAGAACGCGUCGUUACUGAGCCGAGAAGAUUCACUUGGUUUAAUAAAGUUAGAGCAGACCAACGCUGUCAGGCAAUCUUUAA